UUUGGCAAUUCAACCAGUUUACUUUUUCGUAGGGAACAGGGAACCGAAACCGCUAAAUAUAACCUCGAAUUUAGAUUUCUUUCCACAAAUCAAUUCUGCCUUCAGAACAGGCGAUUGGAUUCCAGGUUUUCAUACGCAUCAAUAUAAACACUGAACGAUAUUUUAUUGUUUUUAUUGGCUGCAACGUUACUUCCUGUUUUGAACGCAGCCAACAUCCGGUUAAAAUCACAAGACUAAAAGCUCAAAGAGAUGUUGUGAAUGGCGACUGUCAGGUGUUUUAUAUCGAUAUUCGUGAUCGUUUUUACCACGAUUCUCUCAUGGGCAGUUGUUAUUAUGAUAGAUUUUUACUCUGGCCAUGGCAAAAGCCUGACCCCCCAUAAACUUUCAAAUAAACCACCGUUUCCUGGCGGAAAAAUGAACAAUAUAUUUUGGAUAGUACAGAUAUCAGACAUUCAUAUUAGCAAAUUCCGUGAUCCAAGUCGCCAAGAAAGCUUAAAGGUUUUUUGUGACAAGCACAUUGACAUAAUCCAACCCACUGCAGUGCUUGUCACAGGUGAUAUUGUUGAUGCAAAAGAUAGAUUUCAAAUUGGUUCAGAGCAGUAUGUUGAAGAAUGGCAAAUUUAUCAAAAAAUUCUUAAAGAAUCAGAGGUUGCAAAGAAAACGCAAUGGUUAGACGUGAGAGGAAAUCAUGAUAAUUUUGACGUCCCAUCAAUAGAAAGUGAGCAAAAUAUGUUUAGGAAAUACUCCAUGAGUGGCAAACAUGCCGAUAGACGUGAUUCAAAAUCCUAUCAAUUUGUUUACGAAACCGAGUUUGGGAAAUAUUCAUUAAAUGGCGUCGACGCAGGCCUUGACCCAGGCCCCAAGAGACCGUUUAACUUUUUUGGACAAUUCAGUGAGGAGGAUUUACGUGGCUUAGAAAAGUUGGUCGAGGAUAGUAGAAAUCAUAAUUUGAGCAUUUGGUUUGGCCAUUAUCCUCUUUCGACUGUCUCGGGACAUUUCAGUUCUAAACGAAAUUUGCUCAGAUAUGGCGAUGUUUACCUUUGCGGUCAUCUCCACACACUAGGCAACGCAGUGCCACAGAUGCAUGCGGUCCAUAGGGAUGGACAUUUGGAGUUAGAACUGGGAGAUUGGAAGGAUAACAGGAGAUAUCGUAUUCUAGCAGUGGAUCACGACCUUCUGUCCUUCUCCGAUGUCACAUUUGAUAAAUGGCCAGUGGUUGUGAUCACAAAUCCUAAAGACGCACAUUACGGAAUUAAGGCACACGAACCACUAAACAGAAUCAAGAAGUCGACUCACAUAAGGUUGCUCGUGUUUUCCCCAUUCAACAUUGCAUCCGUACAAAUCUUGAUUGAUGAUGUAGCAUUGUCGUCAAAAGCUGAGCAUGUUCAAGGACCUCUGUAUGUCUGUCCGUGGCAACCAGAUUUAUACAGCACUGGACUUCAUCGUAUUACUGUCAUUGCAAAGGAUGCUGGUGGCAAUUCAGUUGAAACUACUCGUACUUUUUCCAUUGACGGCAGUCGACCUGUCCUGAAAUUACUUCCAGCUAUGAUUUUACUCACAGAUAUGCACACUUUGGGUCAACUGUUAUAUUUCAUAUCUUUCCUGUUCAUCGUUUGCGGACCCGCAUUCGUCAAAUACUUUCUCUUAGAGAAACCAUCAGUUUUAAGGGCUCUCAGCAUUUCCAACGGUUUGAAAAAACUGACCAAGACGAAUGACGUGUUCUAUCCAUUGUUUUUAUACGGACUCUAUACUUCUUUUGGUCCUUGGAUUGUUGCCGAACUCACAAGAGGUCAUAUUGGUGUGGUAUUUUUACACGGUUUAUAUUUAAAAGGAAAAUGGAUUCCAGAGCCCACGGUGUAUGCAUUUGGUUUGUUUCAGAAUUUAUUAUUUCAAUUGCCUUUGACUGCGUAUUUGGCGUCAUAUCUGGGUCAGAUGAAAUCGGCGGCAACGUCGUUCAGUAAUGGCGCCUCAAAAUCUCAUCCCUCUUUGAACGACGAACACAAAUGGGGAAUCUGCUGGAGUAUUUAUAUGAAUAUUAUCUUAUUUAUUACGUUCCUAUUUCAACUUUAUGGCAGCCUGUCGUUUUGGCAAGCGUACGGACUUAUGGCAUUCGUUAUUUCCCCCGUAAAAACUUGGUCGCUUUUUCUUUUGGUGUUUUUAGUAAGGAAGGUCCGGAAUAGGGUCAAAUUUUGCUCAACUUAACACAUUUGACGGCUUCGCGACUCGUCCUGUUUUCUCGUUUGAACACAUAGAACCGGGCAAAUUUUUCGUCCAUUUUUUUACCGUGUGAACCUGAAACGAGAACGGUUCCAAGUUCGUCUGGUCCCGUGUGAUCGUAACCUAAAGGCGCUGUUACACUAUGCAACUUUCCUUGCAACUUGCAAUGCAAUUCUACUCCUGAGGCAUCUAAAGUUGUCAAAUACGAACAUUUCUUAGGAUCUGCUAACGUUUUCUUAAGGCCGGCCUCCACUUGCACGUAUUGUCACUGCGGCCGAUUUGCUCGGCCGUCAUGCUUGGCCGUCAUGCUCGGCCGUCGCGGCUAAUUAGCCAUUUCCCAAUGGAGCUGGGUACUGGGUCUAGUCGCGAACCGCAAAGCAUCUAUGGACUGUUU